AGUUACAGGCUCUUGCCCGAGGUCACAGAGCCAAGAAGUGUAGCAUCCCGUAUUUGAACCUCCGUCUCUUUGGUUCCAACACUACAGCCAGUGCUGGAAGAGGAUCGCGCCAACCGCUCGACUCCAGAGAAAACGUGAAGAAAAUUAAGCUGUAAAACGCAAACCUGGGAGAGGGGCUCCGGUGCGCGGGGGGGAAUUUGCAGACGCUCCCUGCUGGCGGGGACUACUUGACCUGUGCUUCAGUCGGGGACCUUCGGCUCGGCCCGUCCCGCCUUUGCGAACGGGAGUGCUGGUGGAAGCCGAGGCGGUAGUACACGCUGCAGCGACUGAGGCCAAGGAGGAAGCGCCAUGUCCGAGCCGCCCCCUCGGGGGGCCGAGCGCGACCUUUUCCGGGACACGUGGGUGCGGUACCUGGGCUAUGCCAAUGAGGUGGGGGAGGCCUUCCGCUCCCUGGUGCCUGUAUCUGUCGUGUGGCUGAGCUACGGUGUGGCCAGCUCCUACGUGCUGGCUGAUGCCAUUGACAAGGGCAAGAAAGCGAGAGACGUGCCGAGCCCUGAGGCAGGCCGCAGCACCAGGGUGACCGUGGCCAUGGUGGACACCUUCGUGUGGCAGGCUCUGGCCUCUGUGGCCAUCCCAGGCUUCACUAUCAACCGUGUGUGUGCUGCCUCUCUCUAUGUCCUGGGCACUGCUACCCGCUGGCCUCUGGCUGUCCGCAAGUGGAGCACCACCGCACUGGGACUACUGGCCAUCCCCAUCAUCAUCCACCCCAUCGACAGGUCAGUGGACUUCCUCCUGGACUCCAGCCUGCGCAAGCUCUACCCCUCUGUGGAGAAGCCUAGUUCCUCCUGACCCCACCCCAGUACCUGGCCUGUGGGUUGGCCCACCACUCCCUGCUCUGUUCCAACUCCCUCCUCCUGCCAGGGGUUGCGGAUGCCUAGCUCUCUGGGGUCCGAGGCCCUGGCACCUGAAUGGGUUUAAGCUGGACGGAAACUGAGAGACAAAGACCUCAGAGCAGCAGCUGCAGUGACUCACAGACAGGACCUGAACCCUGUGUGCUUCCAUGGAAUCUGUGAUACUGAGUUGGACUGGACUGUGAGUGGGCCCAGCCCUGUCUUUUGACAGGACAAUAACAUACUCCCAUGGAGGGUAAGGAGACUAAGGCCCAGACAAGGCAAGGAAUAUGGCCAAGAUCACUUGGCAAGCUGGGGACCUACAGGAUUCCCAACGGCUCGGCCAGGUCACCCCAUGGCAGUGUGGCUGACGGAGGAGCAGCAGGCACUUGGAGAAACGCAGGAGUACACUAGUGGGGACCCUGAGGACUGAUUCUCUGGCAGCCCCUUCCUGAUGCAGGGGCUGCUGGGGCCUGGCUGGAAGGCAGCACAGCCCCCGGUCCAAUAAAUCCUCAAGAAGUUGA